AAAGUCUCUGUACUGAAAGUGUGCGAGAGAGAGAUAUCACUGCUACUUUCUGGCUUCUGGGUGUACUGAGAUUCAAUUUGGUUGCUUCAUUUGGAGAAGAUCGAAAUUAAAGCUCAAUACAGAGUUGCAGUUAGAUUGGAGAAGAACCUUAAUCAGACUCAUCUUUAGCUGAGUUUCCUCACAAAAUAACACUGGCAAUGGAUGUUGCUGCUUCUGUUACGGCUAAUAUACUGACCAAGUUAGUAGAUGAAGCAAUACUUCAAGCUUGCUAUCCUUUCCGCUUCAACAAGUAUGUCAAAGAGCUUGAAACAGAAAAAGAGAACCUGCAAUCGAAAAAACAAGAGGUUCUAGAUCGUGCUAAAGAUGUGAGGAUGAAUACUCAUAAGGUUGUUGGUAAAGUUGAGAACUGGUUGGACAAAGCAGACUCCCUGAUGGCAAAGGUGGUGGAGCUGCAAGAGAAAACAAAGAAAAGAAACAAGAUGCCUUGUCUAAAGCAUUGUCCAAGCUUGAUCAGUCGUUAUAAUCUGGCAAAGCAGCUUGAGGAGAAGACUAAUGAAAUUAGAGAGCACAAUAAAGUUGAAUUCUCGGAGUUUUCUCGACUUACUUCGCUUGUAGGUAUGAACUACUUUUCUUCACAAGAUUUUGUGGCCUUUGACAGUAGAAAGGGGGUUUGUGAGGACCUUUUGAGGGCUAUUAAGGAUGAUGAGAUUCAUAUGAUAGGAUUGUAUGGCAUGGGCGGGUCUGGGAAAACAACUUUGGUAAAAGAAGUGGGCAAAGAAGCAGAGAAAUUUUUUGACAAAGUAGUCUUUGUGGUUGUGUCUAAUACCAUUGAUGUAAGAAAAAUUCAGAGCGAGAUUGCCAGCCCACUAAAGUUGGGAUUGAAAGAGGAAGAGACACGAGUGAUAGCUAGACGCUUAUCCAUGAGAUUGAGUAGUGGAGAAAGGUUUUUGAUUAUUCUGGAUGACGUAUGGGAGAAGCUUAAUUUUGAGGACAUAGGGAUUCCUACUAAUAAUGAUCAAAUGGGCUGCACUAUUCUUAUAACCACCCGCAACUUACAUCUAUGUAAAUCGAUGGGUUGCCAAAAAAAUAUUCCCUUGGAGGGUUUGAAAGGGAAUGAUUCGUGGGCCCUUUUUAAGAAGCAUGCUGGGUUGUCUGAUGAUUGCUUUGAUAAAUGGAAGGAUAUAGCAAAAAAAAUUACAAAAAAAUGUGAUGGUUUACCUAUUGCAAUUGCAGCAGUAGCCAGUGCUUUGAAGGAUAAACCUUUUGAUGACUGGGUUGCAGCAUGGAAAACAUUGAGAGAUCCUAGCUGGAUAGAUAUUGAAGAUAGUUUAAAAAGCACUUACGGAUGUAUUCGGUUAAGCUAUGAUCAUUUAGAGAAUGAGGUGGCUAAGUCACUCUUCUUAUUUUGUUCCGUAUAUCCAGAAGAUUAUGAAAUUCUUGUUGAUAAAUUAACCAUAAUUGGACUAGGCCUUGGUCUAGCAGGAGAUAUUUCCUCACAUUGGUGGGCAAGGACUCAAGUGAUCAAUAAAGCUAUAAAGAAGCUUAUAGAUUCUUGUUUACUGCUAAAAGUUGAUCAUGAAGAUGGAAGUCAUUGCAUCAAAAUGCAUGACUUGGUUCGUGAUGUAGCACUAUGGAUGGCAAAAAAAGAGACAAGUAAGGAUAUGAUGAAAAGGGCAAAGACUCUUUCUUUGAGGAGAAUUCCUAGAAGUUGGAAAAAUAUCAUUCCUGACCUGUGUCAAACAAUAGGAGGAAGUAUGAAUGAGUUGACUCGUCUUGCUAUUCAUGAUUCAGACGGGAUAGAAUGCGUGAUAGGCCAUGCAACUAAUAUAAGUCAAGUUGGAAUCAUCUCCAAUUUGACUCGUCUAACUCUUUCAAAGGUGAAGCAUUUGAAAACUUUGCAUAGUGGUCAUCCUCCACAUGGCCUUUUCGCAAACUUGGAGGGACUUCGUAUAGAAAGUUGUGAUUCACUUGAGCACAUACUGACAGAAGAUGUGAAGGAAAUAGUUGAUGGAAGUGAAUAUCAGAAUUACGAAAAUGCAUUUCCCAAAUUGAAAGGACUUGAAAUAGGCAAUUGCAAGCAACUAAAAUAUUGA